AUGGGAGCAGAGUUAUCGCUGCUGGCACCGACCGCUGCAACUGUAGCGGUUUCGGCGUACGUUGACUUCUUGAACAACGUGCAGUAUUCCAAGGCCGUGGGGAGUGCGCGAUUCUUGAAAACAGUGAAGGCACUGGAUACAGACGGAAACGUAAUUGUGAAGGUGUUGAUCAAGCCAAUUGGAGGUCUUGAUCUGGAAGAAUGGGUGAACAGACUGGAAGACCAGAGGUUGACUUUGUCGGAUGUGCCGAAUGCUUUGUCAUACGAGAAGAUCAUAGACAGUUCCAGAGCGGGUUAUUUAAUACGACCAUUUAUCAAGUCGAACCUUUACGACAGAAUCUCGAUACGGCCGUUUCUUGAGAAGAUCGAGAAAAGAUGGUUGGUUUACCAGUUGUUGGUGACUGUUGCCCAAUGCCAUGAACGAGACGUCUUCCAUGGCGAUAUCAAGACCGAGAACGUUCUGGUUACCUCGUGGAAUUGGGUCCUACUGGCAGAUUUUGCUCCGUUCAAGCCUAUAUUCAUGCCCGAGGACAAUCCCAGUGAGUUCUCGUUUUAUUUCGACACAAGCCAGCGUCAUAUCUGCUAUCUUGCACCAGAACGGUUUCUGGCACCUGGAGAGGCCAUCUCAGGCCGGGCAACCCUGACUAAGGAGAUGGAUAUAUUCAGUGUGGGAUGUGUGAUAGCUGAAUUGUUUUUAGAGGGAUCACCGAUAUUCACGCUUUCGCAACUGUUUAAGUACAAACGGGGCGAGUAUAGACCGAACUUGGAGGCAAUUGACGAUGUAACCAUAAGGGAGAUGGUUCAAAGUAUGGUGAGCCUGGAGCCCUCUUCGAGAUUGAGUGCGGCUGAGUAUUUGGAGAAGUACCGGAAUUCGGCGUUUCCGGACCAUUUUUAUUCGUUUCUUCACACAUUCAUGACCUCGCUAGCAGGGCCCGGGUCGAACAAGCCCCAAUCACCAUACCAAAAGUUCGAGCAAUGCGAUAUGAGAAUCAGAACCGUCUACGACAACUUUGACAAAAUAUUGCAUUUCCUCGGCUUUGCCAACAGAAAAGCCUCCGACCUUGAUACCGAAACUGGAAAUGUGUCCGGAACCUUACCCCACCCGUCUAAUUUACUGCAAGAGGAAGCGAUUCCGGUAAGACUGGAUCUCCCCGGAUUGCGGCGGCACACGCCUUUACCAACGAGACUGGGCUUCAACGGCGAUAGUUCUGCGCUGUUAAUACUGGGAAUAGUAUUGCACAGCGUGAGAAACACAACGCAUUCGUCAUACCGAAUUCAGGCUUGCGAUCUGAUCAUAGCUCUCGCGGAAAGACUACAUGAUGAGGGGAAGCUCGAUAGAUGCUUGCCGUAUCUCAUUUACCUGCUGGAUGACCCUUGCGAGGAUGUUCAGGCGGCCGCCUUAAGGUCUAUUACGCAACUAUUGUCCAUGGUGAAUGCCAUUACCCCGGUGAACGCACUCAUUUUUCCGGAGUACAUCAUUCCCCGGUUGCAUGCGUUUUGGCCCCGGGCAAGCGGUGCCUAUACCCGAGCUGUAUUUGCGGGUGUACUUCCGUAUCUGGCACAUAACGCAACAAGGUUCCACGAGAUGGCCAACUUGCUGAAAUUACAUGUGGAGGCGAGUUCCGCAAUUGAUCCAGAGACUGAGGGGGGAUAUGUGAACACUGAGUCUGUUUUCGAUACCCCUAAACGUUCGCUAGAGUCAGAUUUUGAGAAAUUGGCGGUGAAUGUUCUCACUGAUUCGGAUCCAAACGUCAGACUCUCUCUUCUGAGAAACAUUUUGCCUCUUUGUGGGUUUUUUGGAAAGGAAAAGACCAAUGACAUCAUACUCAGCCACCUGAUUACCUAUCUGAACGAUAAGUAUGCGCCGUUGAGAGUGGCUUUUGUGGAGAGUAUUGUUGGAAUAUCCAUCUUUGUGGGAGUCACCAGUUUAGAGCAGUACAUUCUGCCUCUGUUGGUUCAAACGCUCGCUGACUCGGAUGAGAUCGUGGUAAUAAACGUUGUCAGGGCCUUCACUGAGCUGGCCAAGCUUGGGCUUAUCAGAAAGCCUUAUCUGUGGGAUGCUGUCAAACUGAUUGCGGAACUGCUUCUCCAUCCAAACGAGUGGAUAAGACAUUCCACUCUGUGUUUCAUCAUCUCUGUGGCCGACAAUCUGACAUUGGCUGAUCUCUAUUGCAUGCUCUAUCCGUUGAUUAGACCGUUCUUCGAGUACGAACUCACAGACUUCACCUGGGAAACUCUCUAUUGUUGCACCCACAAGCCGCUUUCGAGAUCCGUGUAUAACAUGGCUAAAGUGUGGUCUUUGAAAGCAAAUAAGACAUUGUUCUGGCAACAGGUUCGUGGUGGUCGCAAAGAUUCGUUUGGGUUUGCUGGGGUCACGUUUUUGACUAAGAAGACAGCAGGAAACACAUCACGCACCCACCAGAAUCGGAAGGACUUUGAGUCAGGCGUUAUAAGCAACGGAGACGUCCCAAUAUCUCAAGAGGACAAAGGCUGGGUAGAUAGACUCAAAGCGUCGGGACUAGCUGAAACUGAGAUAUGGAAAGUAGCCACUUUGCGGGGGUAUGUUUUCCGUCUUGCAAGAUCUAAUAACCACUCCAACACCACAGAUGCCGGCCCAAUGGACCAAGAGGUGCAGAAACUUAGCCUUAUGCCCAGGAACGUGUUUUUCGAUGUCAGCCAUAAGUCAGAGCUCGUAUUCACAGAUUCGGAGACUCCUACUGUGAGACCAGAAGCUCCCAAGACGAGCCCAUCGAAUGGUCUUUCCUCUGACAAUUCCAAACAAGUCUCGACGGUAGAGACCGAGACUGAGGCUGGAAAGAGACUUAAGUCACUGGUUUUGGGCAACAUGAAGAAGGCAGCUCCGUCUUUGCAUGCAAACCAGGAAAAUGCGUUUGCAGAAUUGGACACCGUCUCCACCACGAGCCAUUCUGCUCACAUUGUUGCUGAUGAGAAGGUGAUGCUCCAGAAGAUUACCACGAAGGUUCACCACAGUUAUAACGGACAGAACCCUUACAUCCUGGGGUUUCUGGGAAGUAUCACUUUCCAGCCUUCGUUGGACGAUUACUCCGAGUUUGGGCCUACGUUGAGCAACCUUCCUUCUACUGGAAGAACUUUCAAUGUCACCAAUAACGCCAAGGCAAAGACUGAUCAGCCACAUGGAUGGUCUCCCAAAGGUGUUUUGGUAGCGCAUAUUGUGGAGCACAAAAGCAGUAUCAAUUGCGUAGCCGUGUCUCCCAGCAACAACUACUUUGUCACGGGUGACGAAGAUGGUGAGAUCAAAAUUUGGGAUUCUCUCAAAUUGGAAAGCAAUGUGACCGGCUCAUCGUCUCUUUCUGUAUCGCUUUCUUCUGCCGUGAAAGCCUUGAGUUUCAUCGACAAUAGAGACUGUUUUGCUGUUGCUUUGAAAGAUGGCAGUGUUAAGAUCUUCAGAGUUGGUUUCGAGAAAAACCUGAAUUUCAGCAGAUACAACAGGCUGAGUCUUGUGAGAGAAUUUCAGUUUGGUGAUGGAGAGUACGCUUGUUCCAUAUGUUUCUCAAUUACGAUGGACAAACCUUAUCUUAUUUUGCUAACACCUCUUAGCAAGGUGGUGAUCCUGGACAUCAGAACCAUGGAUCCGGUUGUGACCCUACAGAACAAAUUGUCCCAUGGCGUUGCUCGGAGCUUCUGCAUUGAUCAUAAGAGAUCCUGGAUGUUGAUAGGUACCAAUUCUGGUGUUCUCGAUCUCUGGGAUUUGCGAUUCGAGCUGCAUCUGAAGUCGGUUAGAAUGAAGGGUGGGUUCCCGAUCCACGAGAUCAAAGCGUGUCCACCAGAGUUUGAGAUCGGGCUUAAACGGAACCGAUUUGCGUUUGUAAUUGGUGGGACUGGUGAGUCUGAUGUGACUCUUUGGGAUGUUUCGAAAAUGCAAUGCAGAAAGGCCUACUGUUCGUCCGGCGUGAACCUUUCUUUAGAAGAUUACACUGCAAUCGAUGUGAACAACGACGAGACAGAAUUCGAGCUGGAAUCGAAUUUCGACAUGCUUACCCUCCAGGAUAGGAAAGAAGACAAGAGUGGUACUGCGAUUGCACUCGUUGAAUCGUCAUGGCGCCAGCAGAACCAUCUUCAAAAGUCGUUCUAUAUUGUGAAUUCAACCCAUGACAAAAGGUUACUGUUUUGGAAUUUGAGCACCCCCGAAGAGUCAGCUGUUGUUUCAGGAACUGCCAAGUCUGCAACGAUCUUCUCAUCUACCCAAAUAACGCCAAAUUUCACUAUCGUGAGCGAAAGAUACUCGUCUGAGGAGCCGCCGUCAAGCUCGAGCCUUCAGAAACUGAAGACCAUGAAAACGAGGUCAACGCUGUUGAACCAGGACCAGCUCAAUUCGAUGAAGAACCACCAUGAUGCUAUCACUAGCAUUGCUACCAUAGUCAAGCCCUACGAGAUGGUGAUCUCAGCUGACAGGAGCGGAGUGAUCAAUGUGUAUAAAUGA